AUCACAGUGGUGCUGGCUUUCCUGGCUACAAAACCAGGAAACCGAGUGAAGAGAUGGUUGGGGAAGAGCUUGGCCAACUCCAUCAUUCUUUCUUGUUCUUCUGUCCAAAUUUUCAUCUGUUCCAUCUGGUUGGGAGUUUCUCCCCCAUUCCCUGACUCCGACUUCCACUCCAAGCCUGGAGAGAUCAUCCUGCAAUGCAACGAAGGGGCUGUUGUCAUGUUCUACAUCACCCUCAGCUACCUGGGCUUCCUGGCUGCCAUCUGUUUCACAGUGGCUUUCCUGGCCAGGAAGCUCCCUGGGGCCUUCAACGAAGCCAAGCUGAUCACCUUCAGCAUGCUGGUCUUCUGCAGUGUCUGGGUUUCGUUUCUGCCCACCUACCUGAGCACCAAAGGGAAAUACAUGGUGGCUGUGCAGGUCUUCUCCAUCUUGGCCUCCAGUGCUGGUCUGCUGUUCUGCGUCUUCAUCCCCAAGUGCUACAUUAUCAUUCUGAGGCCAGACUUCAAUACAAAGGAGCAUCUUACAACCAGGAGAAAUUGUUAG